CAAUUUUCACCUCUUUCUUUCUCUUGCCAUUUUGUUUGACUUUGGGUUGAAUGAAAGUUCUGAGGAUAAUUGAUAGUUGUCAACGGUAAAUUUGGUUUGCUAUUUUAAUUUCAAAUUAAACUGCCAUCAUAAAUGUAGAUUCCUGAACGUGAAUGUGGUUAAAUUUCAUUACGAUUGGUUGUGUUUUCCUAUAACGAGCUGCUAACAAUGAAUGUAGCCGCCUUCUCUCCUCGGAAGCUACAAAUGCUGAACCAUUGCUCUCCAAGAGGAUCAGCUCGUAAGCGCAGCCUCUUCCCAUCCAACAGUCCGCAGUCUAAUGACUUGGGACUUAUAUCUGAACUGACUUCUUCAGACUCAGAGACCUACAGUCCAUCGCCUCCUUCACCAGGUUCUUGCAGGGAUCAAAACUCUCCACUUAGACCUUUGUUUAGUAACAGACUUAACUUUGACGACAUCCUACCACCAACAAAAUCCCUGCGGCAUCCAACAAAUAAAUCUUUUGGAAAGGAAAAUAUGGAAAGAGGAUUGUCUGCUCGAAAAUCACCCAAAAAGUCAGCUCGUAAAGCGUUUCUAGAGAAAAUGAACUUUGGCGAUAGAUAUACGACAAUAUUGUCAGAGGACAAUGAUGAAUUGGCCGAGGGAUUUAAGUUAAAAAAAUCUGAAAACUUCACAACUCCGAAGAAAAACACUUUAAACACAAAUAAAAAUGUGGUUCGUCGCAGUCCCCGUUCAGCCUCUAAAAAAGAAGCUGUCAUCAAGCCUGUUAGCUUUUACGGUUCGAAUAUGGCUCCAGUAUUGGCGACCAACCAAACGAACCGCAUUGGGGGGGUAAAAUGUGUCUUUAGACCUGACACACACCAAUCGAGAGCUAAAACUAAAUUAAACUUUGAAGUGGGACGGCAUUCGAAGAAACGAGAGAGGUCCAAAAGUAAAGAAGCUCAACGUGAAGCUAAAAGGAGGAAAGCCAUAUUUACAGGUGUUCAUCAUGCCAUACCUAGACCGACCAAGCACACUUCCCCUACUCUUGUUGAAAAGAAACAAAUGUCGAUCCGUGAGAAGGCUCGCAACGUCACUGACUUGUCAAGAACUCCGUAUGGUGUUAAGAAAGAAAACAAAAAAACUGAUAAUGUUUGGGAUUAUACUAUGAGGUUCACUAAACCACUUCGUUACGAUGAGUCACCUUACUUGGGUGUGAAGAGGAAGUUUUUCAAGACAACCGUUCGUGAGUCGCCGGAUCAGUUUAAGCUGUGCGUCUCGCCUGGCAGUAGUGGGGACGAAGCCCCUCCUGUGGUCCACAGGAAACGCAAACUACUCGACACACGAAAGAGUUAUCUUGACCGAACAUCUCCGUUGAAACCCAAUUUGAGUGCAUCAGACAUCUGUGAGCUUAUUGAAGAUUACAGUGACAAGUUACAGGAAAAGCCUGAAGUAGAUGAUAUCUUGCUUCGUUUGGAGGAAGAUGAUGAGAAUGAAAAGGAGGCGGAAAGACAGAAGCUGAUGAACAUCUUGGAAGAUUCACCAAUCAAGAUUGCAGCUAUUGACACUCUGUCGGACUGUACUGCUUCACUGGACAUCAACAGUUCACCAAAUGGAUGCACAAGGUUCAGUUUGGAAGAAGAUAGCAGUAAUAAGGAGGAGCCCAAGCGAUACUUCUCUGUUUUUAACUCCAAGUCAAGUGGAUCAAACAGCGGCAGCGGAGGCAGUGGCAAGCGCAAGUGGCGAGGUGUCGGCGAGAGUCAGAUGCAGAUUGACGCAGGUCAGAAGUGGUACGGACCACACAAGUGUCACGAGUGCGGCAUGUUGUACCAGGCUGGCGAAGCUGAGGACGAGCUGCAACAUCAACACUUCCACAACAGCCUCAACUUGCUCAAACACACGGGUUGGAAGAAUGAGAAAGUUGUCGCCUACUUUAAUAUGGACUACAUAAUCGAGGUGUCUGGUGAUCAUCCUCGUCCGUGGCAGCAGAAGGCGCUGGAAGUGAUGGCUGUGGUGGAUAAGCAUCUUGGCAUGACAGUCGAAACUCCGACUGAGAUCACCAACCAGAAGGUGUACAUGUACAUUGCUGACAAGCGCAUCGUCGGCUUUGUCGCCACUGCUCCAUUGUCACUGGCGUAUCGCAUGGAAGGCUCAGAGAAUGACGUAGACUUGUGUUCCGAGCAGACAUUCCCUGUCAAGUGUGGCAUCAGCAGAAUGUGGACAAUGUACAGUCAAAGGCGACGAGGCAUUGCUUCAAAGAUGAUCGACACUGUGCGACGAAACUUCAUGUACGGCUACAUCCUGCGCAGAGAAGAUUUGGCAUUUUCCAUCCCUACUCCUGAUGGCAAAAAGUUCGCAGCCAACUAUAUGGAUUCACCGAAUUACUUUGUAUACACAGGUUUUAAUUUCUAAGCUUAGUGUAGAUUUAUAAAUGCUCAUUUCAGUUAAUUUUAGCAGUAGACAGUAGCCUAUUAAUUUUUGAGCUGACCUAAUUUUCUAAGUAAAUUCCUACAACAGUGAAAAUAAAUAUUUUGUAUUUAAAUAUAGUAAUAUUUAGCAAUUGGUUAAUGAUUUCAAAAUUCCGUCUAACUGCUGGUAAGUAAUAGUUAUAGUUAUCUUGUUUGUCAUAAUGUAGUAUGAUUUAAAUUAAUUAAUGGACCUUUUCCGUUAAUUCAAUACCACUACUUUUUUUAUUGCAAUUCUUUUUAUUUUCACUACCAAAAUUUUUCAUAAUCAGCAAGUUU